GAAGAUGGACGUCUGCUUCGCGGAGUCCGUCCGCUUGGAGCAGGACGACUGGCGCGUCGCGCAGCAGGUGCCGCCGGGGCUCUUCGACUUCAAGGCCAACAAAAAGGGCUACUGGUUCUUCCCGUCGGUCGGCUACUACCAGAGCCUCGUGAAGAAGGGCGAGACGAUGUCGAAGAAGUCCAAGCUCGCCCUCGCGGCGGCGCUCAAGGCGUACGCGGCCAUCGCGACGAAGCCGUGCGAGACGGACUUCAACCGCGAGCUCGACGGCCUCGACGACUUCGACUCCCUCCGCGGCGUCAUGAAGCAGGCCUACCACCUCGCGCCGCUGACGCCGACGGAGGCGAAGCCCUUCGCGGGCGUCCGCUGGCAGUGCAGCUGCAACAACUUCUGGCACUACGGCAACCCGGUGCCCGGUGCCCACGCUGCCGGUCGCCCUCUUCCGGCCGCGCGGCAUUCCAGUCCCGUACAUCGGGCCGGCGCCGGCCCCGGCAUCGGCGCGUCGGACCCAACUAUCGCCAGUGCUGCGUUGAAACACUUGGUCAAGGAAGUGCGGAGUGCGACAUCUUCCAUGACUUCAGUGCCCAAACCACUUAAAUUCCUACGGCCUCACUACGAGACGCUGAAGCACUGUCACUCGACUGGAGAUAAGACGUCAUCCACCCACAAGCUACUGGCAGAUCUAUUGGCUGUAUUGGCAAUGACUAUGUCAAAGAGGGGCUCCCGAGAGAUACUUCUAUUUAAGCAACAGGGCUCAAUGCAGGAUCUUGGUAGCUGGGGCCACGAAUUUGUGCGAUCACUUGCCGGAGAGAUCGGCGCAGAGUAUUCGGCACGCCACCUUGCCGAUAAGGUAGGAAAUGCUGAGAUCGAUACACAUGAUCUUGCAGCACUCGUUGAUGAGAUUGUCCCGCAAUGUCACAGCGCCAUGGUCCUCUUUACUGAAAUUGUAUUGUUCCAUCUCCGUCACAAUGCGUAUGCAGAGGCAGUGGAUCUGCUAAUCGAGACACAGCGGCUCCCCAAGUUACUCGACGACUAUCCUUUCGAAGCUGGGAGGGCUCUAGUGGAUCAGAGUAACUUCCAGCGGAUCUGUCUUUACCUUUUACGAUGUGGCACAUAUAUGGCAGAUCCAGAUGAUUUAAAAGAACUACGUCAGUGUGCGUUCUGCCUUUAUGAGCGACAAGGUGAGUAUUCGGCAGCGCUGGGUGUCGCUCUCCAGAUUGGGGAUGACGAUGAGGACCGGCCGUUUUCAGAACGAUGCAAAGCGCUCUUUGAUGCGGCCGAUAACUUGACUCGCAAACAAAUGGGCUUCUUACUAGCACGACAUCGCAGCAACUUUGAGUAUGUCGAAGACUACGACGUUGAUUCGAUCAUUGGUAAUAAUCGGCUGAACUGUUACUAUGUGGAUUUGGGGCGGGAUCUGGAUGUGUUAGAUCCGAAGACACCAGAGGAUAUCUACAAGAGCCAUCUUGGAGACUCGGCAUUCUCACGAGGUUCGAGCACAAGCGUGCCACAAGUGGACUCUGCCCGAGCGAACCUCGCUUCAACUUUUGUCAAUGCAUUUGUUAAUGCGGGUUUCUGCAAGGACCUGCUCAUGACGCCCGAGGGUAACGCAUGGCUCUAUAAAAACAAAGAGCAUGGCAUGCUCUCCGCUGCAGCUUCACUGGGCAUGAUUAUGAUGUGGAAUGUUGAGGAAGGUCUGACAAUGAUUGAUAAGUUUCUCUACAGUAGCGAGGACAACGUCAAAGCAGGCGCAUGCCUCGCCAUUGGGAUGGUAUCCUCUUCCGUGCGUCACGAAUCAGAUCCGCCUAUUGCCUUGCUGCCUGAGCACCUCGAGUCGCCCUCCCCUACCAUACGGAGAGCGGCAAUAGUCGCACUAGGCCUUGCAUACGCAGGCGCGGCACGCGAGGAUGUACUUGAGACGCUCGCUCCUGUCCUCUCUGGUUCCGAGAUUUUCGUCGAAGCUGCUUUUGCUGCACUUAGUCUAGGUCAAAUUUACAUUGGUACCUGUGACUCGGAGGUGGUGUCCCUCGUUAUCCAGAAAAUUAUGGAAACCCCUGAUGCCAACCUCGAUGCCCCUGAGGCCAAAUUCCUCGGCCUCGGCCUUUCCCUUCUCUUCUUUGGUCGCGGCGAGAAGGGCGACGCCAUGCUUGAGGCCCUCAAGACCGUCAAUCAUUCCCUAGGCACCUACGCUUCUGUCAUGCUCGAGACAUGCGCGUACGCUGGUUCAGGAGAUGUCCUGAAGAUCCAGAAACUCCUUCACAUCUGUGCUGAGCACCAUGGCGAAACGACGCCACACACUUCAGAGGUCCCGCCAGAUCACGACAGUAGCAGCAGUACGCUGGAUCUUGCCGGAGCACACCAGUCAGUGGCUGUCAUUGGCAUUGCCCUUGUCACAACAGGAGAGGAAGUUGGCGCGGAGAUGGCGCUUCGUACCUUUGAUCACCUCCUUCACUAUGGGGAACCCACCGUUCGACGUGCUGUUCCGCUUGCCCUCGCGCUUCUACGUAUCUCCUGCCCUGACUAUGGCAUUGUGGAUCAAAUGAGUCGCCUUACACAUGAUGCAGAUACUCAGGUCUCACUGUGCGCAAUUCUUGGUCUUGGACUGCUUGGUGCUGGCACAAACAAUAGUCGCAUCGCCGGCCUUCUGCGGCAGCUUGCCGAGCAUGCACGCGAGCCCUCCAUGCUCUUUGUCGUUCGCCUCGCCCAAGGCCUGCUUCAUAUGGGCAAGGGUCUACUUACCAUUUCUCCGUUCCACACAGACCGAACUCUCAUCUCGAAGUCUGCAAUGGGUGCCAUUUUAAUCUUCCUCCACUGCUGCCUAGACAUGAAACGAACAAUUCUGGACAAGACCCACUAUCUUAUGCCUGUACCAUCUUGCCUCGGCGAUGAUGCCGAGAUUCCUUUUCACAGUCGACACCAAUCUCAACCUCCUACCGACAUCGUGGAAACCGUUGGCCAAGCCGGUCGUCCCAAAACCAUCACAGGCUUUCAAACUCAUACCACUCCUGUGCUCAUUGGCGUAAAUGACCGUGCAGAACUUGCCUCUAAUGAAUUCCUUGCCCAGUCUCAUAUACUCGAGGGUGUUGUCAUCUUAAAACACAAUUUAGACCACAAGCCCACUAACGAUGAGUGAACAAAGGCCUCAGUGGGACACAGAACACACGAAGUAGAAGAGAACGGGACGAGCCUCUGCCUGGGUCCAGACCAAGUCCAAAGCAGCGAUACAUGUUGAGUUCAAGUUAAUAGUUGCAGCAUGAGAAACCCAAUGGAACUUAGCUCGCGACUUCGCAGCCCCUAGGCGCUCUCAACUCCCCCGUGCCAAGCGCAUGCAAGGUGAAAAGGAAAGUUUUUGGGAGCCAGCCGCGCGGUGGGACUAUCUGCGUCGAGACAGCUGCAGAGUAAAUAUCCACACGCAUUUAGGAAUCUGACUCGCCGGGUCUAGCUAGUGAGGCGCGUUUGUUC